AUGUCUGAAAUCGCUUUCGCCCAAACAUUUCUGGCGUCGCUGGAGUCGCGGCCUAUCCGACUCUCUGCCGACCAUGUCGAAGACCCCAAGACUUACCCUGCUCGGCCACCUUACAUCAUCCCCCGCAUGCCCAAGGCCAUGAGUAAACCCAACAAUCUCGCUCCCGGUUCCGAACGAAGCAUCACUGUGUCACUCAAGUCGCUUCGUAACCCUCCCCUGAGCAUCAAGCUCACUUCUCAACCCCUAAACACCUCAAUCCUGGACAUCAAGGCCAACAUCGAGAAGCAGACAAGGAUACCCGCCGCUAAGACUAAGUUGUUGCACAACAAGAAGCCUAUCCCUGAUAGCAAGAUUCUUAAGGAUCUACUAGGCGAGACGGAUAUGUCUAUUGAGUUUACGGUAAUGGUUAUUGGAGGCGCCGCUGCUAUUCCACCAGAAGAGCCUGAGGCCACCCCUGAGGCCCAACCCGUAGGAGCCCAAGCCUUACAGACGGGAGCCUUCUGGAGUGACCUGAAAGGAUUCUUGAUGCAACGACUAAAGGACGAAGCUGAGGCCGAACGUCUCUCUGGGCUUUUCAAAUCAAGUUGGGAGUCGAGUCAAGCAAACCCAUAG